CUACAACGUAACGUGACCGUGCAAUCCUUCAAAGGUUUUUUUUCGAGCGCGAACAAAGAAAGGCUGUUUGAUUUUCUUUUCUUCAAACACAAAUAAUAUAAACGAAUAAAAUGCUUGUUAAAGUUAAGACCUUAACCGGAAAAGAAAUUGAAAUCGAUAUCGAGCCCAAUGACAAGAUCUCCCGUAUUAAAGAACGUGUAGAAGAGAAGGAAGGUAUUCCCCCUCCUCAACAACGUUUAAUUUAUAGUGGAAAGCAAAUGGCUGAUGAGAUGACAGCUAGUCAAUACGGCAUUGAAGGCGGCUCAGUUCUUCAUCUGGUUUUGGCUCUUCGCGGUGGUCAAUAAGCCAACUGACAAAGACUUACAAUAGUUGAAAUAAAUUUAUUGAAACAAAAAAAAAAUCACUGUAUUUUACGGAUUAAUUCAGGUGCUUCUUC